AUGACGCAGGCAUCACACCCAGAAAAUCAGCCGAAAGAUGCUAUCUUUCGAAAUUUCACCGCCCAACAGGCUACCAAUUAUGCGGAAGGUCGCAUUGGGUACUCUGAAAAGCUAAUUGACUUUGUGAUGAAAGAGCACAACUCUACUGGUGGUAGCAACGGAACUGUGGUGGAUGUAGGCUGUGGACCGGGUCCUGCGACGCGAUUGCUGGCGCCGCACUUUGAUGUCGUUUAUGGAGCUGAUCCGGGAGAGAGUAUGAUCCAGACAGCCAAGGAGCUCAGUGGGACAACUAAGAAUGGUAGCCCGAUUGUGUAUGAGGUGAUUGGCGCUGAGGAUAUUGACAAGAUUGAUGGCCUUGAACACUCUUCAGUUGAUCUUAUCACAGCCGCUACUGCGGCUCACUGGUUUGAAAUGCCCGAGUUCUGGAAAGCGGCUGCCAAGUUACUCAAGCCAGGAGGAACUGUUGGUAUAUGGACAGCUUUCAGAAACUCCAACGCGUCCGAGGACAAACUCUCAGCCAUAUAUGACGACUUCUCAGAGAACGUGCUUGCACCGUACACCGCAGAGGGUACAAAGCUCACGCACGACGGAUACAUCAAUCUGCCUAUGCCAUGGGAUGACCCAGACACCGCUUCAUUGUACGACAAGAAAUCGUCUGCGCGCCACGAGCUCAAGGGGAAUGAUGGAUAUCUUCCCAAAACCUACACGCGGUUCACUGAAGCUGGGGGUUUCCCGCUAGACAAGCAGCUGAUGAUGUUUGAAAAGCUUGUUCACAGUUUCGGAGCUGUCAAUCGAUGGCAAGAAGCGAAUCCCGAGCUGGUUGGGACCGAGAGUGACAUUGUGAAGAUUCUCUUGCAGAAAGUACGUGAUGCAGCUGAGGAAAAUGGUGGUUCACUGGACUGGUCGGUUAUGGCAGAUAGGCUGGCUGUUGCGGUGAUUUUGGUGAAGAGAGCAUGA